AUGGGAAAGUGUUUAGCUACCUGUAUAGCUGAGUUACUGCUGAAAGUCACAGUGCAUAGCGAGGCCAGGACAGCUUUAAAUAAUCAAUCCCUGCCGUUUCUCCCGUCCCCAGACUCCCGGGUGCUGCACAUGCCCCGGUCUGUGGGGGCAGACGUCCCCGGGUCCAUGGUUCCUCUGGGCGGGGAGCGCAAGUCUUCCGCCCCCAUCCACUCCAGCCAGCCCGUGCUCUUCACCUUCGACGUGCCCGUGCGCCACUCGCACCGCAGCUCUCUGUCCAACAGCGCGCCGCAGGACUACCUCCUCCUGCACCAGUGCAUGAGCAGGAAGACGGAGAGCGCACGGAGUGCCAGUUUCUCCCAGGCCUCUCGCAGCAGCACGUUUGUGGGGGGCGACUCCCCGGUGCAGAAGCUGUCCUGCGGCUUUUCUCCCUGCCUGAACGGCUCGGGGGCCCCGCUGCACGGCUUCUACAGCCUCCCCAAGCCGGGGAAGCACCCGCUGUCCGCGCACGACGACUCCCCCCAGGAGGCCUGCUACGUUCUCCCCCGGGGCUACAGCUCCGAGGCCCCGGCCCACAGCAACCUGGGCGACCCCGACCUGGAGAACGAGGAGGUCUACACCUUCAAAACCCCCUGCAACGCGCUGGCCAUGAUCCAGAGCAACGAGCGGUCCCCCGACAACUACGACUUCCCCACGACGCCCGGAUCCUUCUACCAGAUACCGCGGACGUUUGAUAAGAAUCACAACGCCUUGACGCCUUCCAGUUCGGAGUCCUCCUGCGCCCCCCCACCCAGACCCCCGAAGCCCAGCCAGGGGUCCGAGGGUCAGUGGGGGAGUCCCCAGUCCGCCGGGAGCCAGAACGGAGACCUGACCUCCGCCGUGUCCGUGAUCCCCCGGAGGAACACGCUCCCGGCUGUGGAGAACAUCAGGCUCCACAGAGGCUCUUCCUUUGAGAACAACAGCCAUCACCGUCUCUUCCACUUCAACAACUCAGGACAGUCCGAGUCCCUGAACGACGGCUUCAGCUCCUACCUGAGGGCCCAGACCCCGCUGACCCGCUCAGACAGCGGCAACUCCGAUGACAACUACGUGCCCAUGAACCCGGGCUCCUCCCCGCUGAGCGCGGCCCAGGCCGACAGCCCUAAGAACGUCUACCUGCCCAUGAGCCCGGGCCCGCACCACUUCGACUUCCCCGGGUUCUCCGCCACUUUACCGGCCCGGAAAGGCAGCAGCGCCUCGCUGAGCCACCGACCCGCCCGCCUCAGCGACGUCACGCCGCCGCCCAUCAACCGCAACCUCAAGCCCAACAGGAAAUCCAAGCCGACACCUCUGGAUUUGAAGAACAACGGGAUCAUUGAUGAGUUGCCGUUUAAGAGCCCCGUCACCAUGUCCUGGACACGGCCCAUGCCCGCUAUGAACUCCAUGUCCUCUCAGCACUGUCGGCCCAUCUCCACACAAAGCAUCACCAGCACUGACUCUGCAGACAGUGAGGAGAACUAUGUGGCUAUGCAGAACCCAGCAUCUACCUCCCCGGCCGUGAGCGGCACCAGCAGCCCCGCCCCCAGGAAAUGUGGAAACGUGGACUACUUAGCUCUGGACUUUCAGCCCGGCUCACCGAGCCCACACCGAAAGCCUUCCACAUCCUCCGUGACAUCUGAUGAGAAGGUGGACUACGUCCAAGUGGACAAGGAAAAGACCCAGGCUCUGCAGAGCACCAUGCAGGAGUGGACUGAUGUGCGGCAGUCUUCUGAACCUUCCAAGGGAGUCAAGUCUUGACAAUAACUUUCGCUAAAACGACCAAAAAAACGCUUAACACAGACCUUAAGCCAAGCAUCCAGUAUCACGUUUCUAUCAUUACCACAAAUACUGUUUAGGCUUGUUUUAAGACGAGACAUUUGAGACAAAAGCCAUAACUUAUCCUCUGCCUGUUCACUCUUUGGGGAUUGGUACUGCAGUGCCCUGCUAGCAUGCAGGAUAUCAGGCCUUCCAGGUAACGUGCGCUGCCAAAGCUUCUAACCGACUGUUAAAAGACUCUCAGAAAAUAUAUCAUCUCCACUUUCAUUCCACUCUUUAUAAAUAGACCUUUUGAUGAAAAGUGUCCUAGCAUCUCUCAUCUUGGCCAUUGACUCGCCCGGUGCCGUUUAAAGGAACGCCAUCGACUAACUGAUCGAUAAGCGUAUUAAUAUCCAGCGAGAUUAGCCUUACAAACGCCAUCAUGCACUCCGGUUUUUGGCACGCAGGCCGACUUUCCCUUUCCACGUCAAUCUGUCAUUUGUGCUGAGUAUUGAAGAAGCAGUGAGGAGAUUAUUUUCACUGCCGGCAAUCAUUUCAGCUUAGCCGUGCAUGUCUGGGGAGAGGAGGAGGAAAAAUAUAGCCAUACAAAUAUGCAAAAGCCUUUCUCAGAUGCCCUAAUGGUAACUAUACAUGACCGUUGCCUUGGUUUCAAUUAAGUGUGAGCCAAAACCAUAUUUAAGAGCUGUCAGGCUGGAUGGCAGGCCAAUUAUUCCAGUGCAGAUACCAAAUUGGUAAAGCCUGGAUUUAAAGGCACAGGACAGAAAAAAAAAGAAAAGAAAGAAGUGACCUCCUAGUUUUGACUUCAGAGCCCAGUUGACUUUUGGUAAUAUCUCGAGACAUUAUGACGUAAAUGUGCACUGACAGGGAAAAAAGUGAGUGAGAGGAAGUGAAGAUAAAGUGGAGAGCAGCACAUUAGUGUGUCUUCAGGUUAGAUACGCCACACACUACAGCUUUACGGCUGCAGAGUAAUUGUAUGUAAAUAAUUGAUUUAAAAAAAACACAUAUACUGAAGUGCAUCUUGUUGACUUUUUUAAAAAUAUAUUAUGCAGUCUGAAGCAAAACGUGCACUACAGUGAUGCGACACGGCAACGUGCCACAAUGAAGAUUUGUCAGUGAUCAUAUUCACUUAAAAUGGAUUCUUAAUUUGUAUCGUUAAUUUGCCUUACUUUGAUUUCGGUUUGGACUUCGUAUUUAGUCUUAGAGGAAUCGGAUUAGCCAAGGAAGGACCAGUGAAUGACCGUUUCCCAGCUCGAGUUAAGUCCAGUGUUUCACUGUGGGCUGGAACCACUGAGGAGUGAAUCCCAAUUAGACCUUUAGAGGAACAGCGUGGCCAUGGAUGAUGUCAUUCUUUGCUUCCUAAUGUUUUUCUACAGUUUUUACUGCUUUUUGUAUUCAUUUUAAUCAUCGUUUGUUCGUUUUUUUACCAAUACGUGUAAGUAGGAAUUAUAAAAAAAAACACGUGAUCAGGAUAAAUGAAGCUGUGUCUGUUUCAGUGUCGGUUUCCCAAACAGGUUUGUUUAAGAUCUGUUCAUGAAAUGAGGCAGUUGGCAGCUUCCACUGUGAUUCUCCCAAACCACGAGAGGGAAGACGAGUCUAAAGAAGCACGUGUCUACCUGUCAUUCUCUGAAAAGAAAAAUGGAUGUGUAAUUUAUUAUCUAGAGAGAGCAACCGUGAGCAGGAGUGCUUGUGUCUGUGCCGUGGUAGAUUGUGAGCUGUAGUUUGUUAAAUGACAGCUCAGACUGCUCAGAUCUGCUGUCAGACUGUCACUGGUUUGACGUACUGUACUUGUAGAGAUCUUUUUUUUUUUUUUAACCACUGUUAUUGCUACUACUGUAAAGCAUUCGCAGAUUGCUUGUGUGUUAAUUUAUUAAUUUAUUGUGUUCUGCAGUUGAUCAUUGUAAACAAACAGGAAAAACGUCCUCUUAACUAACAUUGAUGUAUGCAAAAUGUAUUUUUAUUUGGAAGCAAUAUGAGAAACUAUGCCAGUGUGAUUUUAAUGUGGUACAGUUCAUUUGGGAUACAAGAUGAUGCCAUUCCUGUAUUAUGGUAGACUUUAACUGUGGUCAUACAAUAAAUCAAGAAGUGAA